CACACAGGGGCACACAAGCUUUGCUCCCCCUUGUACUUAAAUUUGCAUAGCCCCUUUGUCCUACCCCUUCCUUCCCCACUGCCAUUUGUUUGGCCAUCUCCAGCUCAUUCCCCUCGCCACAGGCUGCUCAGCUCAGCAACAUCCUUGCUUGCCAAGAUCCCCACCUUCAUCAAUGGCAGCUGCCAGCCCUCUUGCUCUCACAUUCUUCUUCUGCUGUAUCCUCCUCCUUCAAACAAUCUGCUGUUCAGGCGUAUUUGUGGAGCUAUCAUAUGAUUCGACACAGGUCAAGACACUAUCGAGCUCAGUCGUCACCGAGUACAGAGUCAUGGUCACUGCCAAGCAGCAUGCCUACCUCUUCUUGAAGCCGUUCGUGUGCAGAGAGAAGCCAUGCAGAUCGGAGCCUCUCGCCGCCGGUGGCUCAUUUGUUAACGAAGUUCUUGGUCCUAACCGGCGUCUCAACGUCAGCAACAUCGUCGUCACGGCCACCGACACGCAGCUCGGAGCGCUGCGCCGCACUUUGCAGUCGUUUCACGCUUCUCUCGGCGCCGCCGGAUUGGCGGCGAGCGUCAAGGUCUCGCCGGAGCUCUCGCUGUCUUCUCUGCGAGUCGUCGCCAAGGAUCGUGAUCGUGCCAGAAAGAAGCGGUGGGGCAAGGUCAUGGAGUUCGUCAGGAGGACAGGCUCGUUUGUUCUUGUUCAGGUGGAGACAGAGGCAGAAGCAAACGGUGAGGUUGCGGUGGACGCGGAGAUCGAAGAGGCCGUUGCUGAGGUUGCCGCCCUGUUGCGCGCCGGCGCCGGCGUCGUGCUCCACGUCAAGAGCCGUGCGGCUCCAAUCGCGGUGGCAAUGGCAAAGCUGGGCGGCGAUACCAGCCGGGAGAAGAGGCUCUUGGGUGUUCUGGUGGACGUGUCCUCCCCUCGGCGGGAGCUCGGCGAGGCAAGAGCGACGGCGCACGACGAGUUCUCUCCGGUCAGCAACCCGGCGACGACGCCCGUGAGCAACCCAGUGACCGUGCCGGCCACGAACCCCGUGGCCAACCCGAUGGCUCCGGGAUUCGUCACCGUGCCGUCGACCAACCCGGGCAACGGGUUCGCGACCAACCCGAACAUGCCGCCGCUGUACCCGGAGCCGACGACGCCGGCCACCAUGCCCAUGCCUGACCCGACGACGCCGACGAUGCCGCCGGUGACCGUGCCAUCCCCUUUCACGAACCCGGUCUCCGCGCCGACCACCAUGCCGGGUACAGUGACAAACCCGGCAGCCCCUGCCGUGACGAAUCCGGCAACGACGCCGUCGCAGUUCCCGGGCACGUCGCCGGUCACCAACCCGGUGACCACGUACCCGCAGCAGGGCGGCGUCGGCGUCGGUGGCGGCAUGCCGGCAACGCAGCCAGUGUACCAGCCUCCGGCGACGACAAUGCCCGGCACCGGCACGGUGCAGCCGGGCGCGCCCACCAUGGCCGGGCAGGCAUGGUGCGUCGCCAAGUCGGGGCUCAUGGACACCACCCUCCAGGACGCGAUGGACUACGCGUGCGGCAUGGGCGGCGCCGACUGCUCGGCCAUCCAGCCCAUGGGCGCCUGCUACAACCCCAACACGCUGCAGGCGCACGCCUCCUACGCCUUCAACAGCUACUUCCAGCGCAACCCGUCGGCGGCGAGCUGCGACUUCGGUGGCGCCGGCAUGCUCGUCAACGUCAACCCAAGCUCAGGAACUUGCAUGUACCAGACAUCAUCAGGUUUCGGCGCCGGUUACAGCCCGGGGACGACGGGCGGCGGCGUGCCCGGCGGUUACACUCCGGGGAUGUCGGGCACCGGUUACAACCCAGCGGGAGGGAUGUCGGGCACCAUGGGAGGGGGCUCCGGUUCCACGGUGCUGAACGCCAACAACCCUGGGGGCUCCAUGUACGGCGGCUACGACAACCCGACGGGGCUCACCGCGGGGUCGGCGCCGGUGUCCUGCGGCGGCUGGGUCGUCCUGUGCCUCGUCUGGAUGGUCACCUUUGCGUUCGUCAAGGAGAGAGUGUAGAGCCCACCUCGAGCUGCUUCUCAUCAUGGAAUAGGAUCACACACUGCAACAUGUUUGCUACUCAGUUGUGUUGUACAUAUGAAGAGUGAGUUUUCAUAGAGAAGAGAGAAAUAGAUGUUUUGUGUGUGUUGUAUGUACAUGGGAGGCAGAGCUGAAUCUUAAUGAUGCUUGGCCGUACAUGUUGUAGGUGAACAUACAGCGUAGAGUUCCUUUUCCAUGGACCAUGCUUGGUCUAGUGCAAUGAUAUGGUUUUUUUUUAUGAUUUA